AUGAAGGAAGAGCCUUAUGAUCACGGAAAGCUAAUACAUCGCGCCUCCGCUCUCAUUAACCUGCAUUUCUGGUGCUGUUCAGGCAAGGUGGACGAGAAAGCGACGCAGCUGCACGCGAUAGCGUCGCUGAAGGUGCUGCUGGAUGCCACCAGGCCGCACAACGGCGCCGCGACGUCGACCGCCGCCCAUUAUUCCGGCGCACCCUCGAAGGAGACGACUCUGCAGCUGCAGCAGGGCUCGCAAGGCACCACCACCACCACCACGACUACGACGACCACUGCCGGCACCACCGCCGGUAUUCAGGAACUUCCGAACGGCGGUAUCGCUGCUGGUCUCGACCCUGGACUCGAAUCGGGCGAAGAGGAUGAACCUCCAGAAGCCUUGGACAUGGGCUGGCCAAGCAGCCCAAGAAAAAGGUUAACUUACAUUUUAGUCGCGCCAAUCUUAUUUCCCCUUUGGUUGACGUUACCAGAUACGAGAACACCUAGAGCGAAUAUCUCUUGUUGGAAUCCCAAGCAGAAAACAAAUCAGAAACUAGAAAUUUGGCCAAGAAUUCUGUCGGGCAGUGAAAAUGGGCUCGAUUUGCGCUUUGAUUCUGCCCGCAGGCUUCCGGUUCCGUGGCUCCUGUACGGUUUGAUCUACGGGAAACCAGUGGAGGUGAACUCGGUGGGCAUGGUGUGCAGCAUAGCGAUACUGUUCUGCAUGCUGCUGUUCGUGAUACUGAGCAUCGCCUGCUUCAGAUGGAAGAUGAACAAGGGCCUCGGUUUCACGAUGUUCAUCCUCUACUUCGUCUUCGUCGCCGUCUCGCUGAUGUUCGAGUACGAGUUCUUGGUCUGCCCGGUGUAGGGCAGCCAGGAACAGCGCGGCAGAGGUAACUGAUACUCCUGCGGAGAAAGGAUACAUCUGCGAAACGGACGCACACUUACGGGUCUCGUCAUCAUCAUCGUCAUCGUCAUCAUCGUCGACGAGUCUCGGCCGACGAGAGAACUCUUCCCCGCGGUCGCCGCUUCGAGCCGAGGAGGAAACCGCGCCAGUUAUUACCUUCCUCGCGCGCGCGCGCGCGCAUGAAGGAAACUUGACAGUUGAACGGCAAUAGCAGCACCAUUAUAAUAUUAAUACCGUCACCUAAAUCACCGAUCAUCGAGUCACAGCAACUUCGCGUACCGUUUACGAGGCGUUUUGCUCUAGUCGCGCGAGAGGUGUAUAUAUUGUAUAAAAAAAUCUUGAAAUACCUGAAACGAAAUACUCGUCUUGUUAAGAAUUAAUCGAGCACGCCACUCCACUCGAGUGCGCUACUUUUAUUAUUUAGGCAUGGCGAGCGCGUUAGCCGAUCGUGCCAAGGACCAAAUCAAUAUAAUUUUAUAUAAUCUUUGGAAGAAUUUUUUGGCACAAACUUGGAGAGUCUUUUCUGGUCUUCUUUUUUUUUCUUCUUCUUCUUCUUUAUUUCUUUUUUUUUUUUUCUUUCUACUUCUUGUUAAUAAGUGCGAACUGUAACUGAGACAAACUGGUUGCAGCACCGUUAUUAAUUCGUUUAAAAACUUUUACAAUAAAAAGUUUACGAGAGCCACCUUACAUUCAACAAUGUUCCGUUAAAGAUGUUUUUAAUUAUAUAAUCAUGAGUAUCGUAAUCGCCUGAUUCGUUAAAGAUGUUAUUAAUUAUAUAAUCAUGAGUAUCGUAAUCGCUUGAUUCGUGCAUCUUUAUCGAAACAUCACGUCUUUCGAAUAUAAUUAUAAUAGCAAUAAUAUAUCAGAUUUAAAACGCGAUGUUACUUCGCCGAUGUACAGAAUGUUACCAUAGGGCUUCUCGUUUGACUCCUUGGCACGCUCACGUCCGAAUAUUAUACAUAACGUUAAUCCCUAGAAGUGACCUGACCGCUCGUCGAUUUUUCUCUAAAGCAGGAAUUCUCUUUGCCUCUAAUAUCGUAGAAUAGAGUUAUAACUUUUCACUCUGUUGUAUUCACGGAAUUCAAUCUGAUGCGGUGCAAUGUUCGGCGUUCCGUUUCGACGACGAAUUGCGAGUAUUACGCGAGUACGUACAUUCCAGACAGAAUAUAUAAUUUUAUCAUAUAAUUUUAUAUAUCUUUGUCUUUU